AUGAGACUUGAAAGAGAUGAAUUAUUAUUACAAGCAUUAAAUUAUAAAUCUAUUAAAGAUAAGGUUAUUUAUUCUACUGUUAUGAAAAAAGCAGGUGGUAAUAAAAAGGGAUUCUUGUCAAGAUUAUUUGUUCUUUAUAAAGGUUUUGUUAUCUAUUAUAAAACUAAAACUCUAUUAACCAGUCCAGAGAAGCCCCAAGGUUACAUUGAUCUUAGAGAAUGUGAUCCAUCAAAAGUUAAGACCAUUCUAGAUGAUACCGAUAUGACAUUCCAAAUUGUACAUAGAGCUGGUAGAACAUUUUUAAUAAAAGGUGAAGAACCUAAACCAUUCCGUAGAUUCUUUGAAAUUUGUAAAUGCGUGGCCCUCAAAUUAACUCAAAUCACUUUUACUCUUCCAGUUGAAAAACAAACUUUAUUAAAUCAAAUUUUAGAUUGUAAUAUGUCUAAAGAAGAUUUUAAACAUAAUAUUGAAUUAUUCUUAAAAGAUGGUUUCGUAUUCAAUGUAAAUUUAAUUUCCCAAGAAAGAACUGAAGAAGUUAAAACCCUUGUAAAAUAUAUUUUAGAUUUAAGAAAGGAAGAGAUCGCUGCUCAAUCUCGUAUUGCUAAAAUCACCAUCGAAAGUGGUGGUAAAAAGAAUUUAUCCAUGGGUGCUCCACCACCAACUCAUGCUGCCACUCCAGAUCUAAUGGUAACUUUAGUCAUUCCACCAGAGAAUGAACCAAUCCCAGAGAUUAUAAAAAUUCAAAAUGAAUUACAUAAAAUUAGACUCGAUAUCGAAGAACACAGAAUGAAUAUUUUCAAUAUUCAAAUUAGAGAUCAUGUUGAAGUUUUAAAACAAAGAUAUCCAGAAAAAUAA